CAGAGGGGCGUGUGGCGGCGGCGCCGCUGGGGGCUGUUGUUGUGGGAGCCCCGGCGGGUCGGGUCGGCCCGGGCGCUGCCGGGAGGCCGGUGGGGACGGCUUGCCGCCGGGGCAGUCCCGGGGCCGGGAAGGGCCGGCCCGCCAUCGCGGGCAGCGCUGGCGGUGAGCAGCGGCGGGUGUGAGUGAGAUGGAAGAGUUCAUGGUUUCUGGUUUGCAUAAUAGCAGAGGCUGAAUAGGCAUAAAGGAGACUAUAGUGUGGGUGAGAAGCCCCAUGCAAAACUUUGCUCUGUAAAAAAGAAGAAAUGAAUCCUACAAAGGAUGACCCAGUGUUUGGGACCAUUUUUGACUGGGACUAUCUCUUAUGGGAAGUUCGUUUGACAUUUUUAGCUGCUGGUUUUUUAAUCUACUUGGGAGUAUUUCUUCUGUCUCACUGGUUGUCUUCAUGGAUAAGUACCACUUAUCGUGCCUUACAUGCAAAGGAGAAGGUGUUUUGGAAUAUGGCAGUCACACGUGGUAUGUUCGGACUCCAGAGUUGUGUUGCUGGCUUAUGGGCUUUGCUCAUAGAUCCUGUUUUCCAUGCUGACAAAGUGUAUUCGCAGCAAAAGUGGAGUUGGUUUAACUGUUUAAUAGCUGCUGGAUUUUUCUUGCUUGAAAAUGUAGCUGUUCACGUGUCUAAUGUUAUUUUUAGAACAUUUGAUGUGUUCUUGGUAGUUCAUCACUUGCUUGCUUUUGGUGGCUUAGCUGGUCUCGUAAUUAAUGUGAAAUCUGGACAUUAUCUGCCUUUGAUGGGAAUGUUGCUGGAGAUGAGUACUCCCUCAACAUGCAUUUCCUGGAUGCUUCUAAAGGCUGGCUGUGCUAACACCUUUUUCUGGAAGGCAAACCAGUGGGUGAUGAUCCACCUGUUUCACUGUCGCAUGAUUCUUACUUACCACAUGUGGUGGGUGUGUAUUUUCAAUUGGAAUUCUGUGAUGGAAAAUCUGGGACUACUUCAUUUCAUUGUUUUAUUUUCGGGAUUAUUUGCCGUUACACUAAUACUCAACCCAUACUGGACAUACAAAAAAACUCAGCAACUCCUCAGCCCAACUGACUGGAACUUUGAAAAUAAAGCAAUGGAAAAUGGAAAACUGAAUGGUGAAACACAGCAGAAGAAGAGGAUAUAACACUGAAACAUCUGUUUCCUAAUAGGGUAGAGGAAGGAUACAAUGCGAAGUAAUUCUUUGCCCGUGAACUAGAAGCCUUUGCGAGAAGCUCAUUAAUGCGUUGAUUCCUCGCUGGUAGUAUUCUGUUUGCACCAAAAGUAUUUAAAAGCAUUGUUUGUUUCAUAUGUGCAUAGACAAAAGAUCUUAGACUUCUUAGUUAAGAAUUACACCAACCAUCAGGUUGGACAGUAUUUGAUGAUGUAGUAGUGACAUGUUCUAUAACGGCAUCCUUUGUCCUAACGCUUCAAAGUGGCUUUAUAGUUUAGUUGUCUAUUAAGCUCGGCUUGAAUCAAGUUUAGCUUAAAUUCUACUUCACAUAUGUCAGAGAUACUGAUACUGGAAACUAUGUUAAAUGGUUUAUUAAGGUCAGUUAUGACCCAAGUUAGGUAUGCAUGGGUACCUAGUUCCCGUGUGCCAUUAAGUCAUUCCAAGGGGCUGAAUUGGUCAGUGGUAGAAUGCAGUCAUGGCUGUGUUUGGGUUUUGGUUUUAUUUUUUUCUUUUAAGUGCACUUGAGGAAGAUAGUUGUUUGAGUUUCACUGUCAAAGUGAGUUGUAGUUUCCAUGUUGCUGUCAGUAUGGGAAGAGUUCAUAUCCAUCACAAAUAUACAUAUGGGGAUGCAGGCAUUCAUUAUACUGGUGGUCUAGCUAAGUAAUCAUAGUGGUCCCUUCCAGACUUGAAAUCAGUGAAAUACAAGAGGCAAUGACAGAAUGUUUAACUUUGUUUCAUCCCUGAAAAGAUUGCUGGUUGGUUAUUAAAACUAUUUUCUUGACCACAUGAGUGGUCAUGCAGUUAGUUCUGCUAGUGCUCCUGUUUAUGGUUUCUCUUAUUUUUGGAAAUUUUCUUAGUUAUAGAGGUUUUAGAAUCUGAGGUGACUCCUCUGUGGAGGAAACCCCAUAUCACCUCCUUCAGGAGUUCAAUUGUUCUUUUACUAUUUUUAUUUUACUUUGAAGAACAUACAAAGUGAUGCUAACAAUCCUUUGCACUUUACCUGCCAUGUCACUGAAUCUUUCCUUGACCUAAAGAACAGGGUUACUUUUUAGACAGGGACUUGGCAAAUUGCAGUAGAUGUUCUCCCACUAACAGUAUUGGUCUGGUGGUUUCUGGGUGAAAUGUUGGGAAGUGGAUAAAGGUGUAAAGAUCACGAUGGAAAAGAGUGACGCCCAGUGGCAGGAGAAUGACAAAGCUACUAAUUAGUUUUGGUGCACUGAACUAGUGAGAUAAAAAGCCUGAUAGUUGAAACGUUGUUGUGUAGUGUGAUGUGACUGCUACACAGAUUUAUUUUCCAAAGUAAUGACUGGGCAAGCCCAAGCUGUGAAGAUUUUUAGGUCAUGGCAUGCAUUAGAGGCUUUGAGUACUCAUCUGUGGUGGAGCGUAUUGUUUUAAGUGUGUGCGGGAAGCAUUGUGUGGUGUAAACAACUACAUUUUAUUAAUUUUUGGUAAGUGAAGGGAGAAAGCUAGUGGUGAGAUUACAUAAAGUGAAUUAGGGAAUGCAGCAAGCACAGAGUUAAGAGCUUCUCUAUAAAGGGGAGGAAACGUCUUCCUAUUAGGUCACAAAUGUGUAGCCAGAUCUUGUUGAUAGUGAUGAAAUGGUGAAUAUCUGAAACUGCCUGUUCAAAACUGGGCUGAGAGGGUCAUAGUAAUUUUACACAGCAACCCUACCUAUUACUCUGCUGAUACUCAGUACAGAAAAUCUAAAUUUUGUGCUACCUUCUAAGCAGGCCAGAAUGAUGUUGUGGUGUUUUGGCAGUGUCUCAUGUCUGGAUGCCUUCCUAUAUAAAAAAAGAGUUCUCUAAGACUUGAAAUUACAUACCUCUCCUGAGGAGUUGUGUGCAGGAGAGUAAUGUCAAAAGUACCUUAGGAGGGAUGAAUUCCUUAGAAGCCGAACCCAGCUAUGAUAUCCAAAUGCCUAUCUUGCAGAAUCCAGACCUCAUUUGUAGGAGUUCCAGGGGGGAAGGCAGAGGGUGAGUAACCAGAUAUCAAAAUGGUGUUGUGCUCUAUGCAGCUUAAAAUUUAAAUGUUUGGAAUCGAUAAAACAAGGUAAUAAUUACAAAAGUUCCAGCCACAUAAUUCUGAAGAAUCUUAACAGAAAAUGGAAGCAUCAGAAGAUAAGUAAGUUUGGGCCAAGGCUGUAAUUCUUGUAGGGGUUGGCUAAAGGUGGUGAAGUUUCUAUGUGUUGAAGUACAAGAACAUGGAGGAUUGGGAUUAGUAGUGAAUAUGGGACUGAAAAAAAUUAGGUGUGGUUAAAGCAAAGAGAUGGAUAGUUAUGUCAGUGGCACCAAAAUUUUAAAGUUUAAUAUUUUGUAUUGUUAAUUUCUGUAAUUUUAAGUGGGUUUUUAAUCUUUCAUGCAAAGUAUUUUUUUAUCAUAAUAAGGCAGCCUUUUCGGUAUCUAUCUUACUGUGAGCUUUUUUAAUGCAAAGACUGUUAUGGCAUAUUUAAAAAUAUUUUGCCUGUCUUAACUACCUAGUUAAUAAUACCUAAGAACACCUGUUAACCUAAGCACUGCUAGAACAAGAGAGCUAUGCAAUAAAGCAAACAGCCGCACUCAUUUCAGUUGGUUUGAGAGGUGAGGGCACUUUACAGCCCAGCUAGAAAUACAACAGGGCAUAAAAAUACAGACAGCCUUUCUUCUUCAUCUUGCUGGCUUAGGGUUGGAGUUACUAGUUAUGUUACACAGAGCCUCUUUUUUUUUUUUUUUUUUUUGUAAUACUUGAGUGUUUUCUUCAUUGCCUUUUGGCUGCUCCCUUCAAGAGGGUUUUCUGGCUUAUGAUUGUGGAUGACUGCAUUGCUGCUCCAAAAAAACACUGAAAAAGUUCUCUGAGGGUUUUGGUGUCUUAACUACUCUUAUAAUUUAAGUGCUGCUUUUCAGCCCAAAGGGAGACUAGCCGUAAUUUGUUUAUAAACUUUGUUAAUAUGAAACUAAUUCUAGUCCUGUUGGGCCUCUCAUAAGGCCUCAUCUGCAAACUCAUGUAGAAGAUUCACAGUCAGCCUCAGUAGUGGCUGGAUCAGGUCACAGGCUGUGCUCCUUCCAUGAUUUGGAAAACUUGUAUAUUAUGGUUUUGGGUGAAUUUUUUGUCUACCUAGGUGACUGUUGGAGACUUCAUCCUGCUUUCCUGGGCAAGCCUAUUCAAGGAGUGCUGUUUGAGACAACAAAUUAUGAUGGGGGUGGGAGUGUUUUGUGGGGUUUGGUUUGGU